UACCUUCAUCACUGUGAUGCAGACCAACAAGAGGCGCUCAUGGCAAUACCUGUAUGAGGUUUUACUCCUGACUGCACCGUACCGUGAUUAUCUGCGUGGCAAACCCCAGCUGCUCCGUCACCUCGAAAGUAUCUAUUAUCACUACCAGAUGAACCGCUCUAAACUCACUGGCAUCAACAUUCUGGGAGCAAUGGCUAAAGCCUUCCCCAGUGACCCUUCCCCUUUGUAUGAAAAGAGCAGGAAGCCUGGCAGAGGUCGCAGAAUUACUCCAACUCACCUGCCCCCCCUUCCAGAAGAGGCUGUGACACCCCCCCGAAUACCCCACAUGGCCACUUGUCACGGCACCUACAGCCUGGCACAAAACUUGCAGGAGCUCGAUGGGCAGAAGCUGCUGUCAUUUGGUGACCUCCAUGAAUCUGUCGCUAUUAUCGGGGCCAGUGCUGCACAGAUAGAAGCUGCAUGGCAAACAAAGCUGGGUCUCAUGUCAAAGGCAUUCAAAGUUAAUCUGACUGGAGAUUAUGGCCUGACUCAAACACACACCGAGAAAACAGAGAGGGAUUUACAGGAUGCCACAUUGACGACGAACCUGUCUGAGCCCGUGCGAGGUGAAUGUCCUAUUCCCGAGCCUCAUACAGGGGAAGCAGCUGUGGAAGUUCUGGCAAAGCACAGUCUCUUGGGAAAAACAAAAUUUUAUUACCUAAACAUCAGACCGAACCAGGAAUACAGGCCGUACGAUCUCAUUGUCGUUCCCAAACAUAAGUUGAAUGCCGAGCACUACAUAUUCUCCACGUUCGGAGUCUUGGCCAUUUCUCCUGGACUCGGGACAGAGGUGAUGUCCCUCUCAGAUUGGCAGCGCGAGGUGAUGCUGUGGCGUGCACUGACUCACAUUCCUUUCUUUAGAAAUUAUCUCCUGCAGAAAACCUUCACCAGUUGGUAUCGUGAGGUGAGAUGCCUAUGGAUGCUGAGGCAUCGGAAACUGUUGUGGAAUACUCUCCUCCCAGCUAUCCCUCAUUUCGGAGCAGCUCUGCUACAGAUUUCCAGGCUGAUACAAGAGCUGCAACAAGUGCACUGGCUACCUAUAGAUGUGACUGAACCUUACACUCUGGACGAGUUCCUGCAGCGCCACAGUCACAGGACCACCGAGGCCUGCAACCUACUGGAGAAAUUCUUCAAUUACUGCAACAUUAUUCUCCAGAUGGUACGUGAGGACAGUUACAAGAUUAUUCGAGACUGUAGAACACAGCUGGAGUUAAUAGAAACCAACUUCCUGAAGGAGUCUCUGCACGUGCAGCGAGAAAAGCAGGAGGUGGCGGAGAAACACCUGCAAGAUGCGGAGCAGGUGGUUCAGAGCCUGGGCCGCCUAGGAGCUCUGGUCAAUCACAUGACAGUGCAGAAUCUCAUUACUGUGGCCCAAGACCAGGUCCAAAAUUUUGUCCAAAAUGUUUUGCAGAGCACAACUGAACAGAGGCCAGCUUUCCUGAAGGUGCACUUGGUGUUUGAUGCUGACGGCCACAUGACUGUGUCCCCAACUCGGUCCGUCCUCUUCACAAAAAUGUCGGAAAUCCUGAAAUCAGUGGGCAAUAGCAUCCUCAAGGUUGUGGAGUCUGCGCAGAAUACUGGCCAUUCAAAACCUGGACCGGAGAAUCAGGGGGUCACUAGGAGCAAAGACUCACCCGAGACUGGGCCCAACAAGCCUUCAGAGACAGUGUGUAAUGUGUGCAGGACCCAACAGGAGGCAAGAGGAAGAUCAGGAGACGAAGGCUCGGGAGACGCAGAGACUGGACCCUGUCACAGCACGCAGCAUCUGAUCUCUAAGCCAUUGUGCUCUAUCCCACGGCCGUCAGUCCUGCUUGGGCCGCUGGACAGCAUAAGGCUGAUGGUCACUGGGGAGCAGCUGAAGGCUGAUUUCAACACAAUGCCCAUCAACCUUCUGACAGCAGAGCUAACAACAGACAGGAAGCUACAGAGUGCCCAGAGGAAGCAAAAACUCCUCAUCAAGGCCGCUAUGAAGGAAAUCAUCCUGUUCCGAGCUCGCCACAUUUGGCUCACAGCAAUUUACCAAAUGCUUUACACGUGGAGUGCAGAUGAACUGGAGAAGCUGCGAGACUGGAAACUGCAGCAGUACCAGCUCCACCUGAUGCAGAUGAGGAAAUGGCUGAGGAGGAUGAAAGGAAUUGAUCGUCUGUAUGUUACCAGAAAUCGAGUGUUGGCUCUAGACUGUUCGAUUGUUCACGAGAAGAUGGCACCCUCUCUGAAGUCCAUGCAGCUGGAAAUUCUAAGGUUUUCGAAAGUGGAAUGUGAACAGCGUACAGAGAAGCUUAUCAUUGACCUGUCAACAGCCAUCAAAGAAUUGCAGGACAAGCCAACAGGAGAUGUUGCCUUUGCCUUGUACUCAAAAAAGUUCAAGUUGUAUGAUUCGCAGAGUACAGAUUUUCAGCAGAGAAUGGACUACAUACUCUCCCUCAUCCAGAUUAUCCGCCUACAUUCCCACCAACAAUCCUCAUAUGGGGACAAAGAAGAGGAGCAGAUCGAGCAACUUUGGGGUACUUUUCUCCGGGAAUUUAAGGAAGCCUCUGAGUUCACAAUCAUGCAGCGAGACAGCAUCAUUGACAGCCUGGACCAGAGGUUCCGGCUCCUUGCAUCAGAGGUCCAUAUGAUCAAUUCCAGCGUCAUCUCUGGUCCCUUCUUGGAUCCUUCACAGAGUGCAGUCAUCAUCUUGCAGCAACUCCUGGAAAUGAAAAUAAAUUUCUGGUCUCUGAAAGAGGCACUGGGGCAGCUCAGCAAUUCCAGGAACAUCUUAAAAGGUGAACCCUUUGAUUUAGCUUUUCUUAACCUGACAGAAAAGAAUAUCACUUCCAGGCAAGCUUUGUGGAAUCUCUUCUACUCAUCAUCUCAGGAAAUCAAGGACUGGAAGAAGACGGUGUACAAAAGGUUGGAUCUGAAUCAGGUGAUGAAGAUUUUGGACCAGUGGUUCCUGACAUUAAACCAGCUUCGAGAAUCUGUCCCUCGCAAUGAUGAGAUUCUGCGCGUCUUAGAAGAAAUGCUAAUGCAGUUUAAAAAGUUCUUACCAAUCCUGAUAGAUCUUCAUCGCCCCGAGAUACAGGAGAGGCAUUGGAAGGCCAUCUUCAUAGAGAUGGGAGAGACCUGGAAUCCUGUGUGGGACAUGACCCUAUCUGAGCUUCUGUCCUAUGACCUUCCCAGUUACAGUGACUUUAUUGCACAGAUAUUAAUCAAAGCCAAGAAGGAAUUUGAACUUCAGAAACUCUUGCGGUCAGUAGAGAAACUCUGGCAACAUUAUGAGUUCAAAUUUGUCACACACAUUGCAGUGUUUCAUUAUCAGGACCCUCAUCCCAGUGGAUCUGAAAGAUCCCAAGGCAGAAAACAUCAUCCACCUCAGGAAGGCUGGGCUGCAAAAAACAGUGGAACACUGACCCUUAUUGAGAUGGAGAGAGUGAGAUGGCAGACUGAGGAUAGUUUGAUGACCUUGAGCAUGAUUGUGUCUACGACAGCACUUGGAAACAUUCAGGAAGAAGCUGAGAAACUUAUGGAAAUGAUCCAGCACUUUGGAGAGUUGCUGGAUCUGUGGAAGAUGUUCCAGGAUAAGUGGGUCUUUCUUCACCAGGUCUUUUACGAGAUGGAGCUGAAUGCUCGGAAACCAGAUCCAAGUUUGAUGAAGAAGAUUGAAGUGAUAGAUGGAUUGUAUCGCCGGGUGAUUCAAACCCUAUCCAGCAACCCGUCAGUUCUAUCUGUCAUCCUCUCCCAAGAUACUAAAAAGUACGAGGGGAUGACCCUCAGGAUGAUCUUCAGCACCGGAAUUGAGGCCAUGGAAGAGAUCAUUCUCCAGAUGAAUCAUCUCCUGGAAUCUGCUCGGCAGGAAUUCCCACGGUUAUACUUCCUGAGUGAUGAUGACUUGUUGCAUUUGCUGACCCUGAGCUCUGACCCCCGUAAGCUGCUGCCUUUUGUGACAAAAUGUUUCAGGGGGAUACAGGACCUUGAGUAUCAGGUCAUAAGCAGUCCCAAUCUGAUAAUCCCACCUAGAGUUAAUGUGUUAGCAAUUCAUGGGGAUCUACAGGAAAGAGUCAAUCUAACCCCACCACUGGAAGCCGACCCUAAAGCCAUCCCUUGGUUACGGAACCUGGAGCUCCGGAUUCAACAAAACCUGUUCCUUUCCCUGGACAACUGUGUCGCAGAGAGGACAGCUUUGGCAAGAGAAAUCAACAGUAAGAUCAUGGUGGAAUCCUUGGGCAGAUCAGAAGCCUACAAGGCAGCACAGUUGAUGAAGCCAAUUUUAAAAUUAGCCAGUAGUUUCCCAGUGCAGUGCAUCCUGAUUGCUGAAGACUUCUGUUGGCUCAGUGACAUGAAGAAAGUGUUGUUCAAGAGAUCAAUCAGCAAAGAGUGGUUCAAAACUCUUUACAGUACCAAGAUCGACCGACUAGUGAUGAGUGUCCGUGGGCUCUGCAAGCAUUCCUAUAAGGAGGCUGACAACCCACGUGUUUUGUUCUUGUUGAAGUGUUUGAUUUCCAAGUCAAUGAAUCACCGAGAUAUUGCUGACAAUCUUAUUGCCUCAAACAUCCAAUCUGAGGCUUCAUUUGAGUGGCACAAAUUCAUUAAAUAUCAAUUUGAUUUUAAUUGGAUUUUCCCCAGAAGAGAAUCCUUGAAACCAUUGGCCAUUCACUUUGGGCGUUCAUUGCCAGGUAGUGACAAGUCCAAGUUUGGCCUAAGAUGUUACAUUAAUCUCUUGGGCAAUAACUACUUUUAUGACUAUGAAUAUGUCAGCCCAAAGACUGUGUGUGUGCAGAAUCCAGUAACUGAGAGAAUGUGUCUGGCAAUGAUCCUUGCUCUUCAAAACUUCAAUCCAUGUGCUCUUGUUGGGACCUAUGGCACUGGCAAGAGCUCAACUGCCUCACACUUGGCCCAGGUGCUUGGCUGUCAGCUGGUCAUCUUUCAGUGCUGCAAGACUAUGAGUUUGGCAUUCAUCACCCGCAUUCUGAGUGGUGCCAUUCAAUCGGGUGCAUGGCUGGUGCUAGAGAACACUGACGUUCUGCCAAUGGGAACAUUGUCAGUUCUGGGCCAGCUUUUGAGCAGCAUUCAGAAUUCCUACAGGGAAUUAACCACAAAAGAUAUUUCUGACAGAUCAUACAUGGACUGUGGAACUCGCCCUCACAGGAAGGAGUUUGAAACCAAUUUGGUGAGGGUACCAGAUAGUGAGAACAGGCACACCAGCUACAGGUAUACCUGGAGCUCUGAAUGCCAGAGGCAGUUUGACCCAACCACCCUGGGAAGUGUUGUCUUCGCAGGAAAUAUCAUCCCAGCCAGGGUGAAUUAUGGUGCUUUUGUAACCCUUCAAAGAUUUGAUUCCAGUCUUUCAAUUCCCGAGAAUCUUCGGUUGUUGUUGAGGCCGGUCAGUGUGAUUGAGCCAGAUGUGAGGGUGAUCAUUGAAGUGAAACUCAUCUCCAUUGGCUUUUUAAAGGCUCCUCAUUUAUCUGGAAAAGUUCUUACAAUCUUCGAGAUGAUAAAGGAUUCCGGUUCCAUUACAGAUUGCUGCUACUUACCACUGAUGGAAAAAGUCAUAGACGUUGCAGCAGAAGUCCUUUACCAAACAUUACAGGCAAAGAUGCCAGAACCCACUAGCAAUCAGCCCAAAAGACUUUCAAAAGACCCCCAUCCUCCAGCCUCUGAAGGCCAAGAUGAGCAGAAGGGGAGGAGAGGACAGGAAGUCUCUGACAGAGGUAGGGUGAAGGCAGACAAUGUCGAACCAUGUCUGUUAGCACCUCAGCAGCCAAUUGCUAAUUCAACAAGUAAAGCGAGUGAGCCCGAAGAGUUCAGUGGAAAUAUAUCAGCACCUGUUUUUAAAUCGAUUCUCUUGGUUGAAGAACAUGCAAUCCUGAAAGCACUCAUUUUAACUCUGUUUCCAGCUAUGUUAGACCAGGAGAACCUCCUCAGUCUGAAGGGUUUACUGACAGACCUGUUUCCACAGUCCUGUAUCCCAUUUAAUAAUUCUGAGCCUGAUUCCUAUCUCCUGUCCAUAAUUGAACAGGAGCUGGUGGACACAGACCAUUAUGUCAACAAGCAAACAGUUAAUAACAUCCUUGUACUUUACCAAACACUAAAGGUUAGCAAAGGAGUGAUCAUGGUUGGAUGUUCAGGCAGUGGCAAGACCACCUCAUACAGAACAUUAUCAAGGAUGUUGAAUCUUUUGGCCAGAAAAGAGCCGAAGUUGGCUGCACAUCAGUCUGAAAGUAUUAACCCCCCAUACAGAACUGUGCAAGUCUCUGUCUGUUUUCCAAACAGCCUAUCCACAGAGGAGCUCCUGGGAGCCAUGGAUCAUCAGAUCUGGAAGAACGGGAUUGUCUCCAAGUGGUUGAGUGAGGGUAAAAGCUGGUCCCAGGCCAGGGCACUUGUCAAGGAAUUUCAGUCACCUCAGGUGAAAGUCUAUCACUGCCCAGAACCUCUCAGGUGGAUUGUGUUGGAUGGUGAACUGUGUUUAGAUUGGCUGGGCCCCAUCAGCAGUUUGUUAACUCGCAAGCAAUCCCUCACCCUGGCCAAUGGGGACCAAAUCCCCUUAAUAGAAUCAACUUCCCUCAUUCUUGAAGUGACGGACCUCAGCAAUGCCCCUCCUUCAGCAGUGACCUGGUGUAACGUGGUCCAAUGUCAGGGAAGUCACAUGUGGGAAGCUGUAUUGGCCAACAUGUUGGAGAAGAUAUACAGUAACUACAGUGUGCCUCGUGACAUUGUUGAGCUGUUUUCACGACUUGGGCAGGAUCUUAUUCCAAAGACUUUUGCUUUCUUGGAGCAGCACUGUAUCCCUGCAUUGACCCAACAAGCAGAUUACAGCAUGAUCCAACAGAACCGAGUGGCACACGGCCUGCAAGAGGUGGUGACCUUCACAAACAUUCUUAAGGCUCUCCUUGAUAAACACCUGUUACGUGACCAGCAGCAAGAGGACUCAGCAGGUACAGAGCAGACCACUGUCACAACACAACAUCAGCGUGCCUGCCUUGAUGACAGUAUCCUGCCCAAGAACUACAUACUGGCCAAGAACAUCCUCGCUGUGGCUUACAUCUGGGGUUUCGGAGGACACCUGCACUCAAGCUGUUGGCCUCAGUUUGACCAGUUUGCCAGGCACGCUCUCAGCAGCAGUGACUACAACAUCAACAUACCCUCAGAGGGCCUGGUCUUUGACUAUUACAUCGAGCCUGCCACUGGCUGCCUGCAGGGUCUGUUCAGACACAGUGAAUCAGAAAACAAGAAGAGCAAAGUUCCCGCUUACAUUCUCAUUCCUGAGUUUGAGCGGUAUGUGAAGUUAUUGGAGCUGCUGCUUUCAUCAGGUUGUUCCGCACUGCUGGUUGGUGAGCAGCUCUCUGGGAAGACCAGCUUUGUACAGGCAUUGAAAGGAUUAAUUUCCUGCCCCACUAUGUAUCGACUGCCCAUCAGCCCGAACAGCCAGCCCAGACAUGCUCGAUGCUAUCUGACAGAGAGGGUCUUCACCAGCGGGCAGCAGGAACUCUCCUUACCAUCUGCAGUGACUGCUACUGCCAAGGCCAAAACCCUUUUCUUCCUGGAUGACAUUCACGCUGCUCCUUUCAAGCCUGGUUCAGGAUGCCAACCAGUCAUCGAAACAUUCCGUCACUCACUGACCUGCCAUGGCUCAUAUGAUGGGAACUGUCAACAGUUCCGUUACUUCCAUUCUGCCCGUGUCAACUAUAUCAUGACGUGUGCACCACUCCGAGGAAGAAUGGGUUUUAUCUCGUCUCGUUUCACCCGAUUAUUCACAGUCCUUGCACUCCCAGAGAUGACCUCGGCCAUGUUAUCAGCCAUUUAUACCCCCUGUGUGACCCAGUGGCUGAACAGCUUCCCCACCUACACACUGACCAGACACACCGCUCUGACCCAAGCCCUUGUUUCGGCCACAGUGGAAGUUUACCAGAGGGUGAGGCAGACUCUGAAGCCAUCACCUAGCCGUGCCCAUUAUCUGUUCUCAAUGGUAGAUAUUGGGUCAGUGUUGAAUGGUAUAUUCUUGUUGAAUCCUGCCUCUAUCACCAUGCUGGUCAAACCCAAGAAAGGUAUACAGAAGCAUUCAGGAUCUCAGGUAUCAUUCACCAUUUCAUCUGUCAUUAAAAUCAUCAUCGAUCUGUGGCUACAUGAGUCCAUGAGGACUUUCUCCGACUGCCUCCUUACUGAAGGGGAGAAGAAGACUUUUACACAGAUGCUGGUGGAAGUGGCUCAGUUUCAUUUCUGUACCAUUGAACGUGGAGCUGAAAGCCUUCGGACUCUGCGGGAAAUAGCUGACUCCUCAAUUGAGGACUCUCAUUUGAACCAACCAAAUGUGGCAGAGUUCCAUCAAAUCACCAUACCAGUCUCCCUGGAGGAGCAGAGUGCAGAUAGGUCUAGAGAGACAUCUGGUGAUGAUGGCAGAGAGGCUGGAGCUUCCGCUAACCUAGACCUCAAAACCCAAUUACCACAAUCUCUGCAGCUCAAUGAAUCGGGAUCAAAGAUCUCAAGCAAGUCUCCAGAGAAAGCAGGAACCACCAAGAGAGAAUCUUCCAGUUCUGAGGUUUAUAGUUUGUUGACUUCAGUCUCAGAUGGUCAGACACAUGACUCAAAGACCAGAGGCCGUUCUCCAACUGGGGUACCACAGAUCAACAUCUAUCCAACUCGCCCGACCGAAAGUGAGAGCUCUGUUCAGAGAAAGCAAAAACGUGUCAGAAGUCGCAGCAGGAAAUCUAAAAGGUCAGAAACUCUAAAAUCACUGCUACCGUUCCACUUACUGCGCACAGAGGAAUCUAUAGUUAACCUCAUCUACAGCAAGAGGGCUGUCCGUCCAGCUAAUAAACAGCAGAUGACCUCUCCCAGGUGGAACCCAUACCGGGAGGUGAGUUGUGAUACUCUAGCUCAGCAGCUCCAGCUAAUUGUCCAGAAACAGAACCACAAAAACAAAACCAACUAUCAAAUCAUUUUCUUCAACGAAUGUGUGUACCACUUUGUACGUAUCUACAGGGUUCUGUGCACCCCCAGAAGUCAUUGUGUCUUGCUGUCUCUCACUAAUUUCUCUGGCCGUAAAACACUAGUCAGACUGGCUGCUUACCUCACUAUGGCCGACCUCUUUGACAUCAAUGGUCAGAUGUCGAAACUGGAGAUUGCCAAAGUGAUUAAGCAGGCAAGUUAUGGAGCUGGGAUUUAUGGAAGAGACACAGUGAUCCUAGUCCAUGGAGCUCUGAGGAAGGACACAUUCCAAGAUCUGAGUGACGUGAUAGCAGAGGGUAAAUAUCCUGAGCUUUACACAGCCAGUGAAUUGGAGGAAUUAGUCAAGACGUUUUCCAACAUCAAGAGGCUGCCACUGAAUGUGAAGAGAGAGCAUGUGAUUGAGAGGUUUUUCCUGGCUGUAUUGCAGUCUCUCCAUGUGGUGUUGCUGUUGAACACAUGGAGCAAUGCGUACACACCUGGACUGAGGGCUGGUCUCCCUGGAUACCUGGCUCACUUCCUCCUGCACUGUAGCUACAUUGAUGUCUGGCAGCCUUGGCCACACCAAGCUUACACACAGAUCGCCAACUCACAACUUGGAGUCAGCAACCUCUCAACAAUCAACAGGACUAAUGGUCAAUCAGUCGCUCAGAUUUGGACAAUGAUCCCAGAAAUCACCAAUGUCAUGGCUUUAAUUCACCAAUCAGCUUUGAGCUACUUGAAUCAUGUGUUCCCCAACUUACCUCUCAUUUCCCCACGUCACUACCUUGAUUUCAUUGACCUCUUCUGGAUGCUGUCCUAUAACCUGGAUCAAUGUGUGGGUUUAGAAAGUGAGAGGAUGGGAAUGGGUCUGCAUAAGAUCCAGCAAGUGUAUAAAGAAGCUGAAGAAUACAGGAAGCACAUAGAUGACCUGAAACACAAGCUCAAUGAACUGGCAGAGAUAAGGAGACAAUUGGCUGACCGGUUUGGGAAAGUGAAAGCAGAGUUUAUAGAUCUCAUGUCUAAGUGCCGUAGUGAGGAGUUCCGCAUUGCACUGCUAAUGCGAGAACUGGAGGCUGCACGCAAGAAAUUUGAUGAAGAAUUUGCCAUGGUGAAGCCAAUCUAUGCCACAGCAUUGAAAGCUCUUCAGUCACUGAGCUCUGUCGAUCUGGAUGAGGUACGGACAUAUCGAGCCCCCCCUCCUCCUGUUGUCAUGGUAAUGAACACCCUGUGCCUGAUGUUCGGAAAACCAGAAGGUUGGGACAACGCAAAACAAUUAAUCAGUCAGCCAAACUUCUACCAGGAAUUGGAAUUCUUUGAUAAGGAGAGCAUUCCAGAAUCCGUGCACAAGGCUCUGCAGGACAUUGUGGAUCAACCUGAAUUCCAGCCAGAUGUGGUGCGGGAGUCCAGCAGGGCUUUGGAAUCCUUCAGUAUGUGGAUUAAAGCAAUCUACCAGUAUUCCAGCUUGGUCCGUCAGUAUAGUCCUUCCUUUGACAAUGAGAACCAAUCCCACAUUGAAGAAGCCCAGCUCAGACUGGGGAUGCUGAGGAAGCAGACAUUUGAAAUGAAGAAGAAACUGGUAGCCAUGUUACAGGAAGAUGGGGAUGAUUAUUUGUCUGGCUUUGACUCGGUGACAGACCUCAGCGAUGCAGAAGUGUUCCAGCUGGUGGAGGAGAAGGAGCGGGAGGCACUGCAGGCUCUGAGUGAUGACAAUGAUAUAUAUUUAGCUGAGGUGGCAGAAUGGCAGCAGAAACUGAGUGAAGCUGAGGAGCUGAUCCAUGCGAUGAACCCUCACCAGUAUGACUGGGACUCUGCAUUGCAGCAAGCAAAAAGCAGAAGGAUGACAGUUUCUGGGGACAGCUUGUUGACAGCAGCUGCCAUUGUUUACCUGACUCCCUUUGGUGAAAAGAUGAGGGAAGAACUUCUGAAGAAAUGGAAGGCAGCUUGCUACACCGGAGAGAUACUGAUGGAGCCAGAAGAUGUUCGACUGGAACUGGUAAAGUUGCUGCAAGAAAAAUCAUGCCCCACUUUGCAAGAAAAGGCAAGAUCAAACACAGAGAACCGUCAACCAUCUAAAGUCAUCCCUGUUCGGAGUGACUUCCUGCUCUUGGACAUUCUCAGUUCCCUGAGAGAGCAGUUAAGAUGGAACAGUGCUAAACUUCCAGUCAAUGCCACAGCCAGAGUCAGCGUUCUACUUGCACGGGUCGUGACCAAAUACUGCCCAUUGCCGAUACCGCUUUUCAUUGACCCCGAUAACCAGUGCACAAUGUGGCUACAGGUCUUACAGGAGGGUGGUGGUCCACAUCUCGAUAGAGAGGUGCUGGGAAUCCCAGCUGACAACCCUUUCCCUGAAGAGGAAGAAGGAUCUGUGAACACCGUUAGAGUGGAAUCAUUGAGCAACAGGAUUGCGGCUGACAUUCUGACUGGAGAAAUUCCUGUGGAAGAUGGAGAGAUUGACUGGGUCCCUGAGUUGGUAACAGAGAAACCACCCAAUAACAUGUGGAUCUAUCCCAUCACCACUGAGAAACUGGACCACAUUGUGCUUACUGCAGCAAGCAAUGGGAUUGCACUCUUGGUGACUAAUAUUGAGCAAAGGCCUCCCACACCCCUUCUAAAGAAGCUGCUAAACAUUCAAACCUGGUGGACUCACGAAGAAGCUUGGGAGCUGACUUUUGGGAAGCAGCAAAUUGAGAUCAAGCCAACAUUCCGCCUGUACCUGAGCACAAUAUUACCCAUCAGGAUCAUAAGUUUAGAAUUUGAUCGAGAUUUCCUGAAGCAGGUGAGAACAUUGUCGUUUACCAUCAGUGAGUCAGGACUGCAGGAACUCUUCCUCAAGGAGGUGCUGUACUUUGAUAGGGACAGGAUCAACAACAUGCAGCAUACCCAGCAGAUGGACACAAUGUACCUUCAACACCAGCUGCAGGUGACACAGGAAGAGCUGAUGGACAAAGUGAUCCGAACUGCUACGAGUCUGCUCAAUGACAAGAGCAUCCAGACAGCAGCAGUGGAAAGUCAGGGUACCAAGGAGCAGAUACACAGUCAUCUCAAAAUUUUAAAUGCAAGUAAGAAGACUGCCAUUGGAGUGAAUGAGGACCCAUACGUCAUUAUCUCAAACAUCGGCUCUGAAAUGUACUGGGCUUUGAUUCAGAUCUGUCGACUCAAUCCUCUGUAUUACUUCUCGAAAACCAGUUUCAUGAAAGUGGUGAGGGAAGUUCUGUCAAAACGGAAUUUGAGAGUUCGUUCUUUGGGGACAGGACACUCUACAGACCACUUCAUGGACCUGAUGUAUUACCUCAUGUCUGAGCUUUACAAAUACUUCCGCUGGUGUCUCUUUGUGAAACAUGCCCGGCUGUACAGAUUCCUCGUAGCUGUUGGCCACAUGAAGGUAAUGCACACAGUAACCAAGUUGGAGUGGGAACUCUUUCUGAGGGGGACCCAGGAUCUAAAAUAUGACGCAUCAGCCCAGAAUGCCUGUGUCCUGAAGCCCAGUUGGGUGAGUCGUGAGACCUGGGAGAGUUGCUCCAUAUUAGAAAUGUUGCCUGCAUUUCAGAACCUUAGAAUGUCCCUCACCAAGAAUGCCAAUCAAUGGCGAGAGUACUUUGGCCUUUCAUCAACUGUGAUUAGUGCAAUUCCUUGCUCCUCAUUUGCACAUCUUACCACCUUCCAGACGGCCAUCCUGUGGAAAUUCUUCCAGCCCCACAAGCUGAGUGUGAUUAUGAAUGAUGUGGUCAGCUGUGAGCUGGGAGGAACACUGACUAGAGAUUUACGUCUCAACAUCACGUCCCUCUUCAACUACAGCUGGCAGAAUGUUCCAGUCAUGUUUCUCCUGCCUGAAGAUGGUUCACCGAGUCUCUCCACACACCCAAUCUACUGGAUUGAACAGAUGGCGGGACAGCACCAGAUGCAGAAUAAAAUCCAUGUCAUUGCUUGCGGAGCACAUGAUGACAUGGACAAGAUUCAAAAUGAUUUACAGACAAGCAUGAGCAAAGGAAGAUGGCUGGUUCUGAACAAUUGUCACCUGUUAGAACGUUGGGACAGUGAGCUGCUCAAAUUUCUCCUUCAGCUAUUCACAGCCUAUAAAGCUUACCUUCCUACUGAAGAUGCUUCCAUUGCAGUUUCCAAAUAUGAUGUGUGCCGUGUUCUUGAAGAGGAGGCAAUGACAGUCCUGACCAAUUCCGGGCUCAUCAUCCACCAGGAUUUCCGCCUCUGGCUCAUUUUCAAAAACAAUCCCAAUGUCUCCCUGCCAGGGAUAUUAAGGCGCCACGUUACCAAGUUGGUUAUUGAGACACCGUCAAUGCUGCAAAACACCUUGCAUCACUCGUACAAACAGGCCCAGACGAAACUGGGAGAUAAAGUGAGAGCAGAACACCUUACCCUCCUCGUUGCACUACACUCAAUCCUCCUUCACCGACAGCACUACAGGAACUGGGCUCAGGCACACUCCUAUAACUGGACACAGGCAGAUUUGUUUGCUGCCCUUCAAACUCAGAUGAAACUACAAACAACCUGGGACGACUCAGGCUCUCUGCUCGAACUUCUCAUCGGUGUGACUGCAUAUAGUGGCCACGUGUUAGACAGAGGGGAUCAGACAGCACUGGACAGCAUUAUUAACCACUGCCUGAGGAGUUCCGAGGGCCAGUCCCGCAAGGGAAUUCGUAGCCUCAUUACAUUGCUUGUCAGCACCAAAGGGACACCAUUGACAAAUCUCACCCAUGAUGACAUUGAGAAACGGAUCAACCGCAUGUCCCACUCCAUCGAAUCUGUCAUUAUAGGAAUUUGCAAUGGCUUCGAGGAGCAACUCUUCAUCCAAAGCAGUGAGUUCAUGAGCUCUAUUCUCUUCAAGACUGAGACCCCACUUCACCCUUUCCAAAUAGAUAUCAGCCACAACCAGAAGAUGAAAGCCUUUACCAGUGAGAUUCUGAGCAUUCUCCAGGACCUGCAGAACUCAAUGACAACUAACCUUGAGGUUGAAGACAGCGAUGGCAAGUGGAUCAGCCCAGAGCUUGUGAGGAGGUUCCUCCUGAGGGAGAGGAGUCACUUCAAACACUUGGUUAACCAGGUCCUGUGUGACCUCAACAAUGUGAUGCACGUUCUGGAGGGAUCCAGGGUCUCCAACCUCGAGUCAGAUGACAUGAUUGAAUCACUGAGGAGUGGCCAACUUCCUGGUGCCUGGAGGUCACUGAGCCGACUGACAGCACCACUCCCGCAGUGGGUACUGCUCCUGAAGAUGAGGCUGCAGCUUCUGAACAAUUAUCUGGCUGGCCCAGAGCCUCCUGUCUCCUACAACCUGUCAACAUUUCAGUAUCCACGCCUUUUACUGAGAGCUCUGCUGCAGCAGAAAGCUCAGUCUGAGCAUCUUGAUCUGAACAGUUACAGCAUACAAACUGAGGUCUUGGGGAGUUCCCUCCCUCCCAGCAGUCCCCCAGCGGAUGGUAUCUACAUAACUGGCCUCAGGAUACACAAUGCACUCUGGGACAUAACGAACGGUUUCCUGCAGGACACUCUCUCUGUCAAACCAUGCAGCCUGCCAGUGGUGUGGCUCAGGGCAGAACUCAAUGAGGUGACUAACACCCAGUACCUUUACCCAUCCUUCAAGUGCCCAGUCUACCAGGGGGCAGAGAACAUUGCAGUGGACCUGCAGGACAGCAACGUGAUCACACAUAUACCCCUCAAGUCAAGGAUGGAUCCCUUGGUCUGUGCACAACGCCGGGUUCACAUUGUGAGCAUCAUCUGAAGCCAGUAUUCAGCAUCAACAUUGUCCUC